CAGAGUCAGCAAGGAGACGCAAACCAACCUGCGGAGGAUUAUUGCGACUUUCUCAAGUCUUUUACCCGUAUAUUUCCUUUAAUAUCUACAAUCUAUCAUUUUUUAAAACACAUUAAAUACUGUAAAGGAUAUGUUGGUGGCAGUUUCAAACAGCAUGUUCAUCUUUUUAUCCUGCAUGUUGCUGGAACCCGUGAUUUCAAUGCAAAGUCAGAUGUGUGACAUGAUGGGGGAGAUAGACAAAGAGAAGGACAUGUGUGAGGCCCAGAUUGAGAACAAAACAACAGGUUGCAGGGGGAUGUGGGACAAGAUCACCUGCUGGCCCAGUGCCAGUGUUGGAGAGGUGGUCACCAUCCCUUGCCCCAAAUAUCUGUUCUACUUCUCCAGGGACUUCUCCACACGUAAUCUGUCAAAGACCUGCACUGAGGAUGGCUGGAUCCCAAUCAGCAUGGACUCAUACAUAGAGGACUGUGGAUACAAUCCCAACAACACCAUAGAUGAUAAUAUAUCGGGAGAAUUCUUCGACGCUAUCAAAGUGGGUUACACCAUUGGUCACAGCGUGUCCCUCAUUUCUCUGACGAUCGCCAUCAUCAUACUGUGUCUCUUUCGGAAGCUGCACUGCACAAGAAACUACAUCCACAUGCACCUGUUUGUGUCUUUCAUACUGAAAGCUGUGGCUGUUUUCAUCAAGGAUGUGGUUCUGUAUGGCGUCGGGGAGACAGACAAUUGCCAGUCAUCUGUGGGCUGCAAGGCAGUGAUGGUGUUCUUCCAGUACGGGGUCAUGGCAAGUUACUUCUGGCUGCUGGUGGAGGGCCUGUAUCUCCACACUCUGUUAGCCGUUUCCUUCUUCUCUGAGAGAAAGUACUUCUGGAUGUACAUACUGAUUGGUUGGGUGGCUCCAACCAUCUUUAUCUCAGCAUGGGUGAUUACAAAGGCUUAUUUAAAUGAUCCCGGAUGCUGGGAGAUAAUCAACGACAGUCCAUGGUGGAUCAUCAAAACACCUAUUUUAGUCACCAUACUUGUGAACUUUUUCCUCUUCAUCUGUAUAAUUCGAAUUUUGCGACAGAAGAUGAAUUGCCCCAACAUCGGAAGAAAGGAAUCCAAUCAGUACUCGAGACUGGCUAAAUCCACUCUGUUGUUGAUACCUCUCUUUGGCAUAAACUACAUCAUUUUUGCCUUCAUCCCUGACCACAUCCACCCAAAAGUGAGGAUGGUGUUCGAUCUUAUUCUGGGGUCAUUUCAGGGUUUUGUCGUUGCAGUUUUGUACUGCUUUUUGAACGGAGAGGUACAGGCGGAGAUUAAGCGUAAGUGGCGCAGAUGGAUGCUGCAGAGGUUCCUGGGUGCUGACACUAAGUACCAGCAGCCCUCCAUAGGCAGCAACGGCAACAACUUCAGCACCCAGAUCACCAUGUUGACCAAAUGCAGCCCUACAACGCGCCGGGCGUCUGAGUGUCAGGAGCACUUCUCCGCCAUCUGA